AUGAAGUUCAUCGCUGAACACACGUCUAUACCGGUACCUCGAGUCUACUGUUCAUUCAAACACCACGAUCGAGCUUUCAUCCUUAUGGAAAGAGUCGACGGUGAAGAGCUUCCUAGAGCAUGGGGUAAACUCUCCGGAGAAGCACGCCACAAGGUGUUAGCCCAGUUGAAAGCCAUGAUCCAAGAAUUGAGGACAUUGAAACCACCGCCGGGAACCGGAGUAGAGAGCUACACAGGUGGGAGUCUCUACGACUCCCGUAUAAGUCACGGCCCACGUUUUGGGCCGUUCAGGUGUAUGCAGGACUUCCAUCUCUGGCUUCGAGAAGGACUGCGGCCAUCCGAGUUUCCAAGCCGGCCGAAAGACGACGAAUGGCAUGAUAUCGAGAAGAUGGUAGCGAUGCAAGACGGGCCAUGGUCUCCACCUGUGUUCACCCACGGCGACCUAAACCCAUUCAACAUUCUUGUCCGCGACGACAAAGUGGUCGCUAUCAUAGACUGGGAAUUUGCGGGGUGGUACCCGAAUUACUGGGAGUAUACAUCUGCUUGGUAUGGCAAUAUCACGAGGACGGGCUGGCAGGAUGAAUUUGUGAGAAUGGCACGAUCCUCGACGUUGAGACUCUUGUAG